ACAGAUAUUACUUUUUGUGUAAUAAAUACUCACUGUAAAAUCUCUACCUCAAAUCAAACCCUCAUAAAUCGCCAAAAAAAUAAAUCGAUAAAAAAAAAAAAUCAACAAUGUCUCACAAUUCUCGGCAAUCCAUAGAUUCAUGCACUCUCCAGCUCCAUUCAUGGAGACCUUUUCUCGAUUACGAUCCCACCACCAGCUACAAACCCCACGCCUCUUCCGCCACUCUCACUAAACGCCCUUGCCUUUCCGAUCGCUCCACUUCUUUCCCUUCCAACGUCGAUUCCAUCGACCUUUCCCGGCUCACUCUCCUUGAAGAUGACCAUAACAACACCAGCAAUAAACCCGUCCCCGCUGUUACCAGCAGACCCUACAAGCGAGGCACCUUACGCCUUAUCCAGCGCAAGAAGCGGCGGAGAGGAUCCCGUUCUGUGUCCGGCCGGAGCUCCGAUAGAAGUGGGACCCGGCGGUGCUGCUCGGUUGGCGCGGCGUCUGCGGCUCAUGGGACUUGCUCGGAUUUCCAUUUGGCGGUGGGGACGGACUCGAGUGGGGAGCUGUUUGUGAAUGGGGACGCGAAUUGGGCGUCGGAUGUCAGUCAAGCAAAGAAUUCGAUAAAAGAGAGGGAGGAGAAAGAGAAUUUGUUGGGAGUGGGUAAUGUUUUUGGGAAUUUGGAUAGUGAGUCUGGAUAUGGGAGUGAGCCUGGGUAUAGAGGGGAUGCUGAGUUUGGUUACGGAGAUGAUGUUGAUGAGGAAGAGGAUGAUGCCAGGUUGUUGUUUUGGGGACACCAUUUUCAAGAUUCUAAGAUGGAAAUGGUUGGAGAGAACACAUUUGAUUCAAAAACCCAUCACAGAUGUCGUCGCAAGAAGCAUGAUUGUAGUAGAAUGGUUGAUCCUGUGAGAUAACUCUCCGGGUUGUUGGUAAAUAGGAGGGGGAAGCGACCUUCUUUUUAUAUGAUAAGAUACAUUUGUGCUUGCAGCCCUCUGCUUUCAAUUCCUCCUCAAUUUUGUGACAUGUUUUAGAGUCUCAUUUCUGCUGCUGAGGUUGGAUUUUCUUGAUAUUCUGUUGCCUUCAUGCACCUGCUUUGUGAUGAUCAAUCCACAAACAUGCUGUUUUAUAUGUCAGCGACAUGUCCAAGAAGUGCAUUUGCUUAUUUCUUGGAUGUGGCAUUGCAUUCAAACCAUUAUUGUAAGAAUUCUUGUUAAUCCAUAAAUUAUUCAAUUGUUUUGUGUUUCCUUUUUACAAGAA